AUGGGAAGAUCUUCCCAUCGAUGGGUAAGCGGCUCCUCAGCCAAACCAGUUUCCAGAACCAUGCCAAACAGCGAUGGGGAGUUCCACCCAUCGCUGUUAGAGCCUUGGUGCAAAAUUACCACAAGGCAGAACGACCUUGCCCAGCGAUGGGAAGUCUAUCCCAUCGAUGGGAACCCAGCGAUGGGGUACCACGACCUCGACAAUCAGCUUCAAGCAUCGGGUCUGUGGUCGUUCGUCUCCAGGAGUCGCUCGAGCUUCAAUCCCGCCUUUGUGCGAGCCUUCUACUCCAAUCUCCGCCGGGACGGGGACACCAUUCGCAGUAGCAUCAAUCUCUACGACAUAGAGAUUGAUCUGGCUACCUUCGCUCGGGUCGCAGGGCUGCCCACCCGCGGUGACGACAUAACAACAUAUGGCGGCGAUGAUUGGAUCCUCAACAACGAGGCUGUGGUCAUCCGAGAGCUUGGGAUCACCAACCUCAUCCGUCACAGCGGCGCACCAACAAUCCACUCAGCCCCG